AUGGCAGUCGAGCUUCUUUCCCAGGCGACUGGCCAUGGAGUCAUCAUUGGCCUCUCAAUUCUAUUCUGCUUGAUCAUCCUCGCAGCUGUCAGAAUCCAGAAGCGAUACCUGUCAGAAGACUCCGAUCAAUCAGAAAUGUUCAUGGUCGCCAAUAGAUCCGUCGGUACUGGUCUAACCUGCUCGGCCGUCUUCUCAAGCUGGAUGUGGAUCAACGAAAGUGUCUUCUCAGCGGCAUAUACCUACAAAUGGGGCGUCGCCUUACCCAUCUGGUGGGCCAGCGGAUUGUCCUUCCAGAUCGCUCUGAUGGCGGUCCUCGGGAUCGUUGCAAAGCUUCGUGUGCCGUAUGCGCACACAUCACUAGAGUUCAUGCGGAAACGAUAUGGAAGUUAUGCCCAUGGACUCUUCAUCGUUAUGAAUCUCGUUAAUAACAUUUUCGGAUGUGGGAACAUGAUUCUGGCUGGCUCUCAAUUGGUUACUGGCAUGACGGGGAUGCAUGUGAUUGCAGCGGCUGUGCUUAUACCGGCUGGAGUCGUAAUCUACACGGCUGUGGGAGGAUUGAAGGCCACGUUCUUGACGGACUUUCUUCAUACCAGUAUCGCGCUGAUACUGCUGAUUUACUUCGCUAUCGCUGUGCUGAGCAGCGAGCAUAUUGGCGGACCAUCUGGUCUGUACGAAAAGGUUAUGGCGGCAGAUGACUACAUCGAGGGCAACUACAUGGGCUCAUUGCUCUCUUUCAAGUCAAAGAGUGGUAUGCUCCCAGUGAAGUCGUCUACAUAA